AUCCAAGUCUCCGCCAAGCAUCUCCGGCUCGCCUCGCCCGUGUUCGACCGGCAGCUGACCGGCAGCUUCAACGAGGCGCAGAAUCUACAACGCACUGGAAAGGUGGACAUCACAGUCGAAGGCUGGGACUUGGAGGCGUUGCUGAUCCUGUUGCGCAUCAUCCACGGGCGCAACCACCGGGUGCCUCACUUCGUCCCACUGUCGCUCUGUGCUCGUAUCGCCGUGUUGGUCGACUACUACGCCUGUCAGGAGGCUAUGCAGGUGCAUCUCCGCCUCUGGAAGUCGCAUCUCGAGACCCAGAUCCCUACCGGCUACAACGCGACCGAGACCCUCGAAUGGAUCUGGGUGUCGUACUUCUUUGAUAUGAGCCGGGUAUUUGACCAGGUCACCCUCCUGGCAAUCCGACAUGGAGACGAACACAUGGAGUCGACUGAAUUCCCGGUGAAAGCGAGUAUCAUGGAAGCAAUCAAGACCCACCGGGAGAAGUCCAUCGAAAACGUGCUCAACCUCAUCGCCCGAUGGAGAGAUGGGCUGCGCCAAGGCUUGUUCGGCUGCACCUUCGAAUGUCGCUGCGACGAUCUGGGGGCGCUAGAACAAAGUCUCUUCGCUGCCAACCUGUAUAAUCCUCCCACCACGCCGUUCACCGGUUGGAGUUUCGACUCCCUCUUCACCCACGUCAAGGCCUUCCUCAAGCCGUCCUCGCGCUGCAAUCUUCUGAGCUAUCUCAACCAUGACAAAUGC